AGCGGCACAGCAAUUCUCCGUGCUCGGGAGAAAACAUAUUCAGUGAUUGUGAUAGAUGUACCUCGAAGGGAAUUAAGGCGAGGAUAGCCAGAGCCGAAAAGGCGAGCGAGCCGGCGCACUUGGGAAUGGAUGAACGGGGUUCCAUUGAGGACGUUAGUGAUAAAAAUGAACUUGAAGAUAUCGAUUUGCAACUUGCUCGAAUCGAGCAGCGUAUCGAGAAACUCAAAGCCAAAGAGAGUGAGCUGAUCGAACGCCGGAAUCGUAUAAAGUUGGAACAAGCUGCGAAAGAAAAUGAAGUUCCGGUCGAGCAAUUCUACGGAGUUUUUCCGUGGACGGAAAAAAUACGGCACUUGGUUCAGAAGAAGUUCGGCCAUUCGACGCUGGGCGAGACACAGGAGGCUGCCCUCAAUUGUAUUCUCUCAGGAACCGACAGCAUCGUGGUGAUGCCGGCCGGAAGUGGAAAGUCCUUGAUUUAUCAAUUGGCGUCCCAAUACCUACCGGGCUUGGUGUUGGUCGUGACGCCUUUGACGUCCCUCCUCGAAGACCAGGUGGCUGCAAUGGAGGCCAUCGAUCCGCACUUCCCGGUGUUCGGCGUCCACAUCAAUCUCCUCAAGGAGGAUCUGAACCAGAUAUUCGUGAAAAUGUCCUUCCAAGCCCACCAUCAAAGUAAAUUGAUGCUCUUUGUGACGCCAGACAAGCUCAGCAAGAGUAAGCAGUUUAUGGCAAAAGUGACGAAAACCUACGAGAAGAAGAAACUAUCCCUGAUCGUUGUGGACGAGGCUCACUGCUGCGCCUCGAAUGGGAAUGACUUUCGUUCGGAUUAUCAAACGCUAUCUUCGUUCCGGAGUACUUAUCCUGGGGUGCCAAUCGUUGCGCUGACAUCUGUCGCUAGCCAGCUCGUCGUACUCGACAUCGCCAACGCGCUGAAUCUCGGCAAACGAGCGGUUUUUCGAGAGAGUUCGAAUCUACCGAAUAUUUGUUACGAGGUGGACUUCGUUGAAAUCGGGCGACCAAAUGUAAUCGGUGAGAUCGCGAUGCUCAUCAAGAAAAAUUAUCCCGAACAAGCCGGGAUCGUAUGCUGUUUUUCGGUGAAAGACGCCGAGGAUGUGGCGACCGUACUCGUGAAGGAUCACGGCAUCAAAGCGAAACCGUACCAUCAUCAAUUGAAAAUGAAUUACCGCAGCAAAGUUCAUAAGCAGUGGUUGACGGAUAAAAUUCAUGUGAUAGUUGUAACUUCAACCUUCGGGAUGGGCAUCAACAAGCCGAACUGUCGUUUCGUUGUACAUUACACGCUACCGAAGAGCCUCCAGAAUUAUUAUAUCGAGACGGGUCGAGCGGGUCGGCGCGGUCAGAGAGCCAACGCGCUCUGUAUGUUCAAGUUCCAGGAUGUGUUCCGCCUGUCGUCGAUGGUUUUCACCGAGAAGAACGGGCUUAAAUACCUCUAUCGGAUGAUUGCGUAUUGCCUGAAUCGUUCGAAAUGCCGGAGACAGCUUCUGCAGGAGUCCCUGUCUGAAGGCUACGGAGAAUGUCCUGUGGUCUGUUCGACGGACAACCUCGAAAGCAUGUGCGACAACUGCCGCAAUCCUCAGAAAAGGGAAUUAGUUGAUGUGACCGAGUACGUGAAGUUGUUCUCCACGAUAUUCGAGGAGCUCUCGGCCUCCGGUCAACGAGUGACCGGUUGGAAACUGAUGGACGUUUUCCGGAAGCGCCUCAAUAAAGAGAACGCUCCUGCCCACAUCAAAGAGCAUGUCGGCCAGAUAAUUGUUUGGUCUCUGUGCGAGGGCUAUCUCGAAGAGAAAUUCCACUUCACGCCCUACUCUACAAUUUCUCAUUUGGCCGAGGGAUCUCGAAUGAAACGGCUAAUCGAAGGCUCAGAAAAAGCUGAGCUCGAAAUGUACGGAAUCCAGAAACGUUCCAUCGACAUGGUUGACGGUUGCGCGGAUAGCGAUGAGACGCUGGUGCCCAAUAAAGCGGCUAAACACGAUCAUCUGGCGGUGGAGAAGUCUGCGUCUGGAAUCAUGGAUCAAGUUGUUCAAAUUCACCAAAUGCCUCAACCUAUGCAUCUCUUGCAAGUUCAAGCGCAACAGCAGCAGCCCGGUCAACACAUCUUAGUUCAGUUAGUACAGGAUCAACAACAAAUGGAGUCGACGGGCUCUACUCAACCAUUGGACCAACUUGCAGUGGCGGUACAACAGGUUCUCCAAUGA